AUGGCUACACGGACUCGCUUCAAAUCUUCAUCUCCUGCACCUUCUUCCUUAUCGGCCUCGACAACGAUGACGUUGGACCCCGUCUCAGCAGCAACUCCUCGCUCACAGCACACGGCCUCGACAACGACGACCACGACCACCGGUUUGCCCCCAUCGAACUUUCAGCAGCAGUUCCCGCCGCAGACGCAGGCUCGCCAUCACCCAUACCCAAAUACCGGCCACCUUCACCAUCACCACGCCCACCCCCGAGGACCCCCACCCCGUCUCGAUGAUUAUGUCGCAGCGAAGAUUGCUCCGGAGGAUCCAACCAAGCGAUUCUCGUCGACACCCGAUAACACACCGCUCGCAAUACUUAAUUUUCACAAUGCGGUUCCCCGGAAUUAUGGGAAGCAUUCGGUGCCUUCCUGUGGCCCUCUUCCUGUUGUGUUACCUCCCGUAGGGGGCGCAGGAGGGGGAGGGGGAGCGAAUGAUGUAGGGAGUGCUGGCCAUGUUCUCGGACAACCACCCGCAUCUUCCUACGGGGCUCACCGUGAGCCCCGCGAGGAGGAGGACGUGGUUCCGCAGUUUAGGUACCAGAAGAACGAAAGCUCGUACCACCAUCGUUAUGCGCCUACGGAGAAAUCGAGAUCGUUAUCCAUUCAGUCUUUGAUAUCUUCACCGGAAUUGACCCCCCCAACAUCAUAUUCGAAUAGUGAUGGACAGUCGGGCACACGGAAAAGAAAGGGUAGUGACGGGGAUGUUGGGGGUUCGCAUGGGACUCGCAGCGGCAGCAUUGUUUCCACAACUGUUACUAUGGAUGAUCCAGAGGUUCGAGAGGUUGUUGAGGCUUUAGGCGGACUGAAGGGUGGUGAGCACACUGGAAUACUCUUGUUCCCUUUUUUUUUUUUUUUCUUCUUUCCCUUCCCCCCCCUCUGGCUCUGCUGCCUGGAAUGGGGAAAAAAAAAAUGAAAAAUAUAAAAGCAAAACAAAACAAAAAAAAAAACAAAUUGGAACAUAAAUUAAUAAAUAAAAAGGGGUUUCGUCUGUAAAUCUGUUUGAUUUCUUUUUACUAAACUCUUUCACAUGGAAUUAGACUUCACUGCGCCGUCGCCUACCACCGCCAAUCACCAGCUUCCCCCACACCAACGUAAUCCAUCCGGAGUUGCCGAGCAACAGCAGCCACAGCAGCAACAGCAACCGGAACACGAACCACUCAUUAACCUUAUCACCUCUUCCGCGCAGCGGGCUCACCCACUGAUCUCCUCUGUGAUCACUACGGGUCUCUCCGCUUACGGUGCUUCCAAGUCAUACUCCCCCUCCUUCCGUUACGCCGCCGAGUCGGUGGAGAGUCGGGUUGGAGUGCCAGUUGGAAACGUGGUAUCGGCAGUUGGACGGCAAACCGGAUUGGACAGUGCGCUGAGGAGGGGUUUGGGAGGGAACCGGAGGGCCAGCUCGGGCGGGGAACAGCGCGCGGAUACAAAGAAGAGGAAGACGAAUAAUAAGAACGGAGAUUUGGAAAAGAGUGAGGAGAGUUUGAAGAUCUUGGCCCAGCAGCACCAGCACCAACAACAGCAGAAUACGUUAGCCAGGAUGAAUGGAGGAGAUAAUCGGGCUCCCGACGAGGGCACGAGUGAUGUACGCAUUGCGGCCCCGAACCAGACCUGGCCCACUAGGGUGGUGCUUAGUACAUAUGGGUUUGGUGCGGCGUUGAAUGAAGAGAGUCUGAAGAAUCUGAAGUAUUGCUUGGACUGGCUUCGCUUCUUGAAUGCGCACUUGGGGAAGCUAGUGUCUGCAUUGAAGAGUGUUGUUGAGGAAUUGGACGAUCAUCAACGAUCCCAAAUGGAUGGGGACCGGCAUGCCAAUGGCGGAAUAGCUAGAGCUCUCCCCAUCUCCUAUGAGAACUCGCGGGCCGUCCUUGCGGCAAAAGUCGAGAGUUUGAAGGGCGACGUGGUUGCCACGAUGAAGAAGGUGGUGGAGGUGGUAAGCAACUACACGGGAAGUGCUCUACCGGAGAAUGCCCGAGAGUUGAUUAAACGUACUCCCCUUUCUUCCCCUUUACUUUCGCGGCGAUUAACGUCUCCCUGCAGGCCACAUAUUUGCCCUUCCGCAACGUUUCCAAGCCGCCAACGCCUCGGAACUAGUCGAGAAGGAUAAAGAUGGCCCCAUGUCUUCUGCUAGCAGAGCGCUGGUUUUGGCGAAGGAGGGCCUUGACAUGAUGCAGCAGGUCAGUGACGUUGUCGAGGGGACUAUCGACCGAGCGGAGGAGUGGUGCGAGAGGCUGGGGAGGAAGAAGAGAGAACAUGAUGGGCAGGGUGGUGAGGAUGAGAAGAAGAUAGAAUGGGUGGAGGGGAGAAGGGACGGGGAUGGAGAUGUCAAGAUGGAAAAGCCUUGAGGUUAACACCCAUGGCAGUGCCUCUGCUCAUACUUUUUCGCCCUUCUUUUUGUUUGUUUGGAAGUAUAUAUUUUUUGUGAGGUCGGGGUUUUAUUUCUCUUUACAUUGCUUUUACGGUGGCUGGCGCGUUGGCGGGUUACCUGGACGUUACGUCGAUUGGCCGACCGGAAUUGUUACGGAAUGCAUGGCUUGAAGGGGGAGGCGGGGCGGACGGAAUACACUGGUAGGAAUGGAGUACGUAGUGUUUUAUUUUAUUUUAUUGUUACCCUUUCUCUAUUAUUUACUUUGAUAACUUGUUCUCUUUGUUUAUUUUGGAGAUUGGUGGGCGUAUCUUAUUUUAUUUACUUUGGU